GGCAGCCACGCCUCCGGCCACCUUCCCCCUGCGGUCGUACCUCUGCUCACCUCUCCCCCGACCAACGCGCCUCCCGUCACCUCCCCCCGCCGCCACCACGAUUUCAGCCACCUCCUUCCCUAAUCCCCAGCGCGCCUUCGAUCCUGCCGUCCCCGGCGCCCAAACACGCCACCUACCUGAGCCACGCCCCCGCUUCCUCCUAUCAGUCUCGGUGACGCUCGCGCCCUCUCCCCGCACCUCACCUCCUGCCGGUGAAGCAUAGCGGCCCAGCCCGGCGCGAGGCACUCGAGGCUCAGGACAUGGCAUAAAUCUCGCGCGUCGACCAUCUCUGAGGGAGGCGCCGCGACCACUGCCUCCUACCUUCUGCAGCAUGACGUGCCUCGUGCGGCCCUCUGAGCUCAAGUCCCGUCACCGACCGUCCGCUCCCGGCUUCGCUCACCUGUCUGUGCUUGACGGAAUCGAGCUUUUCCAUGGUUUUGCAGUCCAACUUCUAGCUCCACCUCCGGUCGCUCAAUGAAUCAUGUGUAGGCCACCCCCGUGCUCCGCCCCUAUAUUCGGUUCGGCUGUUAGCUCCUGUUCCAGCUGCCUAUACUUGUUCUGAUGCUCUGAAGACCUUAUGCAUGCAGCUGAGUUGGACUGCCUCCUAUUCAAAUUCUUGCAACUUUCAAUUAUGUUUUGUUUGAAAGCUACUUACUGUAAAGUAGUAUAUGUGCUAGCAUUUCAGUAUAGCUUCCAAAAAUAUGUGGUUCAAGUUCUCAAUUUGUUUAGAAGAAGAUAGGACAGGAAAUCUUGAAUGGAAAGCUCAUAUGAGUGUGGAUGGUUUGAGUAAAUUGGUGACUGGUGGAGAUCAUUCAUGUUGAUUAUUUUUGACAAUAAUGAUAGGUCCACUAGAGAAUUUGCGGAUAACUUUUUAAGUAAAAAGAUAAUCUUUAUAUGGACACUUGGACUAUAAACAUUUGCUAUAGUUCACCUUUAAUAACUUUGCAAGUACAGAGAUAUCACCUAAAUGUAAUAUGUAACUAUGUGUUGCAAUCUGAGCAAUGGGUGUGUAAAUUGUAGUCUCUGCAUGCACAGUCGAGAUGUGUUCAGUCCAACCCCAUGGCAUCAGGGAGGUCGAGUUCGUCGCGAGCAGCAGUACAUGGUUGUCGGCUUCAACUUUCUUCCACCAAGGUGCUUUCACUCGGUGAUGCAAGGAUGUUCGGUUCAAUUUAUAAAUUUCAUUCAGUUCGCGCGAGGUGGAGAUUGGGGCGCGGUGGGGUGUGGCCGUGUGUGUGGAGACGGCCCGCCGCAACGUCACCGGCCGGAUCCCGCUCUUCAGUUGCUUAUAAUCUUGACAUCUUUGAUGAAUCCAGCCCGAACUGAAGCAUGUCGGCAAGCCAGGCGUUGGGCUAACCACUGUCGUCUGUCUACCUCCUUCCCCGAGAAGUUACCCAGCUGUGGGCUGACUUGGAGGCUCCUUCUCCACGUCGACACAAUUGCAGGACCAAUGUGCUACUGACCGCGCAAGCUUUCUCAAGGAGCUCGUGUCCAACGAUACUGAAAGGAAAAAUGGAGUGAAAGUGCUACUGCACCAGUUUUGAACUUCUUAUUCAAUCAUGCUACUACUGAGUGAAAAAUGGAGUGAAAGUGUAUUGCAAUUGAUCUCUCUUAGACCCUGGCAAUCCUCUAUUUAUCCUUUGUUUGCUUGUUUUUUGGUCUGUAAUUCAAGAACUUUGACCUUCGUAAUUCGGUUUUUGGUUAAUUUAUUAUGUCCGUUACAAACCUUUAAAUCUGAAGAGGCUUCUAAUAUAUAGCAAGAAAAUGUGCA